GAUAUUGCUGCUGGUGGGUGGCAUUCAACGGCUUUAACCGAUACAGGAGAGGUGUAUGGUUGGGGAAGAGGAGAGCACGGAAGACUAGGGUUCGGUGACAAUGACAAGAGCAGCAAAAUGGUUCCACAGAAAGUAAAUCUUCUAUCUGAAGAAGAUAUAAUUCAGGUUUCUUGUGGGGGAACACAUUCAGUUGCUUUGACAAGAGAUGGCAGAAUCUUCUCGUUUGGUAGAGGAGAUCAUGGUAGACUUGGAUAUGGAAGGAAAGUAACAACAGGACAACCAUUGGAAUUACCUAUAAUGAUACCUCCACCUGAAGGAAGCUUUAAUCAUGCCGACGAAGAAGAAGAAGGAAAAUGGUCAGCUAAGUCGAUCGCUUGUGGUGGCCGCCACACUCUUGCAGUUGUUGAAUGGAAGUCCGAUGAUAUUUGAUCCUCAAUGGCAUACCAGUCAAUGAACAAGUUAUGAAGAGAAGAAAAGCAAUGUGAUUCAUACUAAGGAUGGCAAAAGGAGAGUAUGUAAUUUAUAAAAAGGAAAGGGGCAAAAACAUGCUUAUUUCCCUAUGAAAUAAUCUUUUUGUAAGAGUAAUUUUGAUUUCAAGGAAAAUUUUACAAAUAAUUUUGAUAGUGGGAGAUA